GACAGCAGUAUUGUUAUUUUAUACAAUAAUUGUUGUUUUCCGUUUAUUUCAAGAAGCGGUCUAAAUAACAAUGGUCCAACUUAAGCAGGUCUCUAUGAGAUUAAAAUCAAUCCACAAUAUACAAAAGAUUACAAAAACAAUGAAGAUGGUAUCAGCUAGCAAAUUUACAAAAGCGGAACGUGAGUUGCAUGCAGCGCGUGCGUUUGGCUUCGGUCCUCGCAAGUUUUAUGUAUCAAGUCAGCUGCAGAAGGAAGCCCUUGAUAAAAACGUGAAGAAAGAAUGUGACAGUGAACCACCUCUUCCAGCAGAAACAAAGAAAGAAUUAAGCAAGGACUUCAAGCCUCGCGUAAUCUAUAUAGCUGUCACCUCUGAUAGGGGUUUAUGCGGUGGUGUCCAUACAAGUGUAGCUCGCUUGAUCAAGUGUACACUGGCUGUACGCAGUGCGGACUCUCCGAAUCAUAAGAUCGUCUGCAUCGGUGACAAAUCGCGGUCGCAGCUCAGACAAAUGUAUGGUGAACAUAUAAUUUUAUCUAUUAAACAGAUUGGCCGCAUAUCUCCUAUUUUCAAAGAUGCGUCAAUUGUAGCGAUGGCGAUCACACAGUCCGGUUAUAAUUAUGACGUAGCUGAAAUAUUCUAUAAUCAAUAUUUCACGCCUGUUAAGUAUGUGACAACAAUCGUACCUGCGUACAGCAGGAAGAUUAUAGAGUUAGCACCCAAAAUGACCGCAUUCGAUGACAUCGAGGAGGACCAGUUAGAGAGCUACGCGGAGUGGACACUCGCUGCAUUACUAUACUACGCGUUGAAGCAAAGCGCCGCUUCUGAACAAUCGUCUCGUAUGUCCGCUAUGGACAAUGCUACGAAGAAUGCAAACGAGAUGAUCAAGAAUCUAUCCCUGCUGUACAAUAGGACUCGACAAGCUGUCAUCACGAGAGAGCUCAUUGAAAUCAUAUCAGGUGCUGCUGCAUUAAAAUAAAAGCUAUGUGAAAAAUCCUCUAACGUAUCGAUG